AAAGGUGUGUUCCACGCCGGCUUCCAGGAGAUUCGUAUCCUUGGCAGAGGCACCUUUGGUCUGGUCAAAUUGGUCACUGAUGCCGACCAUUUUGUCACUGAGGAUCCAUCGCCAUGCACGUCAAACGGCGCACCUUGUCCUACCUUGGUCCCUCGCGAAUGUCACAAUCCUCGGCUCAUGAAGGACUGUUACGCUAUGAAGGUCAUUCGCAAGGCUGAGAUGAUCCGAACCAGUCAAGAAGGACAUCUUCGCGGCGAACGAGACUUUCUUGUCAAAGCAGAAGGAUCUCAAUGGGUGGUUCCCUUGAUCGCGAGUUUCCAGGACAACACGAACUUGUACUUGGUAAUGGAGUUCAUGAUCGGAGGUGACUUCUUGCAAUAUUUGUGUCGCCACGACAUUCUCAGUGAAGAUGACACUAGGUUCUACAUGGCGGAGAUGGUUCUAGCUAUCGAGGAGACCCAUAGAUGGGGAUGGAUCCAUCGCGACGUCAAGCCAGACAACUUUCUGAUACACUCCUCUGGUCACCUGAAGAUAUCCGAUUUUGGACUCGCAUUCGAUGGCCAUUGGUCCCACAUCAACGACUACUACGAUACUACACGACACUCCAUCUUGAACAAAUACAAGAUCCCCUUCCAGGGCGAUGUUCAGGACGUUCAGGCUGCAGCACGGCGAAGUCGUGGUGUGCCUCGUAUGUUGAGCAGUCGUCUACCAUACGAGAUGCACAAUGCACGCGACAUGGUACAACUUUUGAGUGAACCUGAGAGGAUGCGGAAGGAACGUCCGCAGAGCAUCGUGGGUACGAAGCAGUACAUGGCUCCAGAAGUGAUCCAAGGUCACACUUAUGACGGCAGAUGUGACUGGUGGAGUCUUGGUUGUAUCGUCUUCGAGUGUCUCUAUUCAAGAACUCCAUUUCUUAGUGCGGACAGACAAACGACAGCGAGGAACAUUGUGCACCAUCGGGAUGUGCUUCGAUUUCCUUCAGGCGAGCGUCACUCCAACACUGGUCUUUGCUACUCAGCACCGACUGAAUCUGCACUUGCCUUCAUGAAAGACCUUCUGCGAGAGAAAGAUCACCGGCUUGGCUCGACAGCUUAUGGCCCGAGUGUCAGUCGUCUGAGACGCCAUCAAAACCUUUCCGAUGCAAGCUUCGUCGUUGGUGGAGAUGCUGAAGAAAUCAAAGCGCAUCCUUUCUUCAAGACCAUCCGCUGGGAGACAUUGCAUCGGUCAAAGCCUCCAUUCGUACCUGAACCGGUAGAUGAUAUUGCCAUGUACUUCGAGCACGAGGACACGUUCGCCAAUGAUAUCGGUACAAGCUACAUGAGUUUGCGAGAAAAAGUCGGACCUCAGACAGAGCCAAGAAUCGCUCGAAAGAUACUUGGCCCAUAUUACGAAAGAUGGAAGGCUGAACAGCGAGAGAUUGAAAAGGUCCAGAUGGGUAUUGAGACUUGGACUGACAACAAUGUCGAGACUUGCAGAAGAGAGAAAGGCGAGCAGCCUCGGCGACAGCGAGCCAAGGACAUUAUGCUUCGCGACGUACGCUUUGGGGAACGAGUUCUGGAGAGAAGGAAGAGAGGAGCAUUCCUGGGGUACACGUACCGCAGCCCGCGGUAUGUGUUUCCGGAGGUUGGCAAGGAGAGGAGGCCGGUCUUCUCACGACCUACGAUUAUCCCUGUGACCAACGACGACAACGACGAAUGA